AUGACCAAAGUUGUUUCCUUUCGUGGAAAAUCUGCUCCUCCCGGCACAAUUCCCAAAGUCAAGAGAGCGAGCACUGUCAUUGGAUCGGAAUUGCCAGCUAUCAAACUCAACAUUGUUGCCGAACGAUGGAGAUUCUAUGCUUACAUUGCCUUUUGGAGCAUGUGCAUUCUUGCAAUCGCUUUGUCCAAGAUCUUUGUGGCACCCAUUCUUGCCGCUGGACCAGAGGAUGGAUCCACCUGUGGUCCAUUCAAUCGAGAUGCCCCUGAGUUUGGAGUUGAGCUUGGACAAGGAUUUGACAUGACGACGGAAUCACAUUUGCAGCAAAUCUUUGGGUAUAACAAUAUCUGCGUCAACUGGGAUUACAGGUCAGUCUGA